AGCAGGGAGGGAGUCAGCAGCAGGGGGUUGGGGAGGGCCGUGACCCUGCGCUCCAGGACUUCUGUGCGCGCUGGGGCUAGCCAGCUGCAAGUUGCAAACUAGUUGCCUGCGCUGGGCCCCACGAUGAGAGGGGCGCUCACCCUGUGCUUCCUGUGGCAGGCCUUCUGGCCCCGGCCUGGUGGCGCCGAGCACCCCACCGCCGAUCGCGCGGACUGCACGGCCUCGGGGGCCUGCUACAGCCUGCACCACGCCACCUUCAAACGCCUGGAGGCCGAGGAGGCCUGCAUCCUGCGCGGCGGGGCGCUCAGCCCGGUGCGCGGGGGCGCAGAGCUGCGGGCCAUCCUCCAGCUCCUGCGGGCAGGCCCGGGGCCUGGCGGGGGCUCCAAGGACCUUCUGUUCUGGGUGGCGCUGGAGCGCGGACGUUCCAGCUGCACCCUUGACAACAUGCCCCUGCGGGGUUUCUCCUGGUUGUCCCCCGACGGAGAUGCGGCUGGCGGCAGCGACUCGGACAGGGACACGCUGCCCUGGGUGGAGGAGCCCCAGCGCUCCUGCACUGCGCGGAGGUGCGCGGGGCUGCUGGCCACCCGCGGAGUGGAGCCCGCCGGCUGGAAGGAGGCGCGGUGCCAGCUGCGCACUGACGGCUACCUGUGCAAGUACCACUUUGAAGGCUUGUGCCCGGCGCCGCGCCCCGGAGCCGCCUCGAACUUGAGCUACCAUGCCCCCUUCCAGCUGCACAGCGCAGCGCUGAGCUUCAGCCCCCCUGGGACCCAGGUGAGUGCGUGGUGUCCAGAGGAGCCCAGUUCCAUCAAGGUCACCUGCCUGCAGGACAAGGGCGGCUUGCACUGGGCCGGGAUGCCCCCGGGGGGGUUGCUCUGCGCCUGUCCUGGGAGGUACCUGCGUGGUGGCAAGUGUGCACAAUUGGAGGACUGCCUAGACGCCCAGGGAGGCUUUGCUUGCGAGUGUGCUGAAGGCUUCCAACUGGGGAAAGACGGACACUCGUGUGUCCCCAGUGCGGAAAGACAGCCUGCUGGUGGGGGAACCAAGGUGCCUACCAAGCACCCACAGGCCACUCAAAUAAGCCCAGUGCCAAGGAGAACCUCGUCGCCCAGGCAUCCUGAGAAGCCGGGAGAACUGCCCCAUGGAACAGGACAAGACAGUUCAACAUCUAGUCCUAAAAUUCCUCUUUGGAAAUUGCAUAGCAUGGCGCCUACCCUGUGGGUCACUCCUCCCACAGAGGCCAAGGCCACUGUCAGCUCACCCGGAAGCAGAAGCCGACCUCCCAGAAUUGAAGCCACUUCUUCACCUGCCAGUCCUCAGGCUUUUGACUCUUCUUCCACCGUGGUUUUCGUCCUUGUGAGCAUAGCGGUGGUCGUGUUGGUGAUCUUGACCAUGACAGUGCUGGGGCUUUUCAAACUCUGUUUCCACAAGAGCUCUUCCUCCAGGUCAAGGAAGGGCCCUCUGGCCCUUGCGGGCGUGGAGAGUGAUUCUGAGGCCACUGCUGCUAGGUCCUCUGAUUCUGCACAUGCCACAAACAAUGGGGUGAAUUGAAGCUUGGGGAUUGUGGUCUGCGGGGCAGGGCCGAGGGGUCCCCGCUUGCUCCCAGUGACUCGUAGGGAAGUGGGACAGUGAUCCCUUGAGUUCAGAGGUUUUUACUUACCAUGAAAGCAGGAAAGGAGAAGUUUCCCCUCUUCUAACUUCCUUCUACCCCACCUGGGAGAUAAAUCUGAACAGGCCACUUCUGGAGAUAGAAGAGAUGAAAGUGCCUUAGUGUGGUUCUGGGGCCUGGAAUGGAACCUGAGCAGUAUUUUGUUCUGUUUCGUUUGUUUUGUUUUGUUUUCUGGGGGAUCUGGAAAAGUGAUUGAACAUUUUUUGAGACAGUGAAAUAGAAAAUAGAAUACGUUUUUAUUUUUACUAAAGCACUUCUCUGUACAUUAUUCAGUCUAGGAAUAUAUUGAUCAGAAACUCCUAGGCACAAAAUAAAAGAAUUGUUAAUAACCCCGAGUCAAAUAUCAUUGGUUUUAUGGCAAGAUAAAUAUUUGAGGAGAGUAGCUGGAGGGCAUUCUGGGAAGAGCAACAGAAGUGUGUCCUACUUUUAGGUUGUGGGGGUGGGGGGUCUCUAAGUCUUUGUAAUGAGGAGUAGGUCUUUAAGAACUAGUAACUUUUCCCCUUGGUUCUUUGACUCCUUGCCUUCGUAGAUGCUGCACUGGGGUCUUCUAUAGACGCAGAGUUCAGCAUUGCAGAGAAUGCUGAUUCGGGAAGAAAACUAUCAUUAACCACCAAUUCAAGUGUUUACUGUGUGUCCUUGCUCCAGGAGACUCAGGGUGUUGCGCUUACCUUGUUCCAUGUUGAUCCUCUCCAGUGUAAUGACCCCCUCAACCUCAUAGCCCUCUUCUAACUAUUAGGAUGCUUAUCUCCACUUUCAAUUAUGGUCCUGUUAAUUAAAACGUUAAUGCUGA